ACUAAAUCAACAGACGUAUCCAACGGGGAAAUACAGAAAUUUCUUCCUCUGUCAGCGUAGGAAAGAAAAAUCCCAACUCCGCACAUAGCCUACUUCUAUAUAUAACGUUCAUGUCGAAGCUAAGUAUCCCAAACACAAACACAACCACAAAAACCAAUCCCAUCCCAAUUUUUAUCACAAACACAAACACAACCACAAAAACCAAUCCCAUCCCAAUUUUUAUAAAACCUAUACUUCAUCUUCUUUUCAACUCCCAAACAUGGUUAGCCAAAACCGACCAUUCCAUGUAUUCUUGUUCCCUUUCAUGGCUCAUGGCCACAUGAUACCAGUCUCAGACAUGGCCAAGCUAUUGGCAGCUCAAGGAGUGGAGACAACCAUAAUCACAACCCCUCUAAACGCCCCAACAUUCUCUAAAGCCACCCGAUCAAGAAAAACCAACUCCGGCAGCUGCGGCAUCGAAAUCAAAAUCAAAACCAUCAAGUUCCCUUCUCAAGAGGCUGGGCUGCCAGAAGGGUGUGAGAAUCCGGACUCACUUCCCACACCAGAAUUAGCCAGUAAUUUCUUCAAAGCAGUGGGCUUGCUCCAAGCACCACUCGAACAGCUUCUGCUUGAAGACCAGCCAACUUGCCUUGUGGCGGACAUGUUUUUUCCUUGGGCAACUGAUGCCGCUGCAAAAUUUGGCAUUCCAAGGCUGGUUUUUCAUGGGACUAGUUUCUUUUCCUUGGCUGCAUCAGAUUGUGUGAGGCGAUAUGAGCCUUUCAAGAACACUUCAUCUGAUUCAGAACCCUUUGUGAUUCCCAAUUUUCCUGGGGAGAUCAAGAUGACAAGAGCCCAGGUCCCUGAUUUUGUUAAAUACAAUAUUGAAAAUGACUUGACCCCGUUGAUAGAACAGGCUAAGGAAGCUGAGGUGAGGAGCUAUGGGAUUGUUGUCAACAGUUUCUAUGAGCUUGAAUCAGUUUAUGCGGAUUAUUUCAGAAAGGUAUUGGGGAGGAAGGCAUGGCAUAUUGGUCCUCUUUCUUUGUGCAACAGGGACAAUGAAGAAAAAGCAUACAGAGGAAAGGAAGCCUCCAUUGAUGAGCAUGAAUGUUUGAAGUGGCUUGAUUCAAAGAAACCCAAUUCAGUGGUCUAUGUUUGCUUUGGGAGUGUGGCUAAGUUCAACAAUUCUCAGCUAAAAGAGAUUGCAAUUGGCCUUGAAGCCUCUGGGGUGGAGUUCAUUUGGGUUGUGAGGAAAGGCAAAGAUGAUUGUGAUGUGGGCAAAGAGGAUUGGUUGCCUGAAGGGUUUGAAGAGAUGAUGGAAGGAAAAGGGCUAAUCAUAAGAGGGUGGGCUCCACAAGUCCUGAUUCUUGAUCAUGCGGCUGUUGGGGCUUUUGUGACUCAUUGUGGAUGGAAUUCAACAUUGGAAGGAAUUGCCGCUGGGCUGCCUAUGGUGACAUGGCCGGUGUCUGCAGAGCAAUUUUACAAUGAGAAGUUGGUGACCCAAGUGCUGAAAAUUGGAGUUGGUGUUGGUGCUCAGAAGUGGUGCAUUAAAGUUGUGGGGGAUAUUGUAAAGAGGGAAGCUAUUGAGAAAGCUGUGACUCAGAUUAUGGUGGGUGAAGAAGCAGAGGAAAUGAGAAGCAGAGCCAAGGGACUAGCAAAGCAGGCAAGAAGGGCUAUUGAAAAGGGAGGUUCAUCACAUUCUGAUUUGAAUGCUCUCAUUGAAGAGUUGAGUUCCCAUAGGUAAAGUUGGACCUCACAUACGUACAAAAUGAGAUAUUACUUUGAUGUGGAGAGGGAAGAUAGGGUGUUAUGUUUUUUCCCCAUAGUUAAUGCCAUUUUGCAUAUCGUUUGAAAAAGAAAAGCAAAAAACAGAUAUUAGGUUGAUGCAUUUGUAAACGUUGAUGAGAAAAAUGGUUAAAAUGUAUACUAGUCGUUGGGUUUUUGAAAUAGCCCCUUUGUGUUGAUGGAAUAUGAGAUUAUGAGAA